GAAGAACAAAGUUUGAAGGAUAUAUCUUAUAUUUUCACUACAUUUAUCCACCUUUGGUGUAAAGCACUGCUGUAUAAGGGGUGCCACACCCCUCAUUUCCAUGCACUUGAGAGCCAUUGUAGAGUUAGGAUUUACUAUUCUAAGGAGAAAGGUGUUUCCCCAAUGCAUCAGCUAGCUGUAUGAAACAUCGAGAGACAUCUCGAAAGGGAACUACUAGAUAGAUCCUGCCUUAUGAACAACUGGUAAAACCGAAUAAUGUAUAGAUUUAGUUACAUACUAGUUUUUAGUUACUAAGCCUCUAGUGUGGACCCUACACAGGUAAAUAGAGUUCUGUUUUACGUCUUAAGCAAAUACAUACAAAAUUAUGUCUGAAUAGCUCUUGACGAGUAUUCUCAUAAGUACUGUAUAUGCAUUUCUUAUAUUAAUAAUGUUAAUCAAACAGCAAAAGAGAAAGGGGGCAUGACCUAAAGGGUUGAAAACCACUGAUCUACAUGAUAUACUUACAAUUCAAAGAACAUUUUUGUCAUUGCUUUAUUUGACAGUGUAAACAUAGCAUAAGGAUGGAACAAACUAUAGAAAUAUUAUAAUAAACCCAAAAGUCAAAUAAAUAAAUAAAAACAGUUAUGCAAGCUUCCAUCUAUUGGUUAUAUGUUUAUAUGUCCGGCUAUAUGUCAUUUUCAUCUUAAGUCUUUGUUUCCGCUGGGAUUUUUGGUUAAUUUUUAAAGUGAAUUUUACUGCACAACCGUAGAUAUAUAGCACUGAAAAAAGAAAAAUAUUGCAAUGUCAAUUUUUUCCCAAUGUCGUGAAGCCCUAAUAUUUUCUAACAGUGCCUGUGUAGGAUCUGUAAUUCAGUAAAAUUACAGAUAUGCUAGUGAACAGUGAUUAGAAUUGUUAUUUUUGCAAGGCAAAAUUGUUCAAUUCACUGUAAUGGGAAGAAAUGAAACCGUUAUUUUAAAAGCUCAUUGCACAUGUAUAGCUCCAUUGGCAAGGUUUUGGGGAGCAUUGACUUUAGAAAAGUACUGAAGUGGCUGAAAGUCACAUUUGAGGUUUUAAUUUACAAAAUCACAGAUAAACCAACGGUCAGUUUACCCAGUAAACUGUAAAAGUAAAAAAUAGUACGAUAGUCACUGUAUAGCAUGCGUUUGUAUGUUUUACCAACAGUGGCUGAGAUGUAUUUGGUAAAAUGAUUUGUUUUUACCUUUAUUGUUAAGGCAACACUUUUUAGGAGUGACGGUUUGAGGGGGGAUUUCUCAAAGACACUUAAAAUGUUCUUCUUUUCUGUAUCUGAUGUUCUAUGUGCUAUUAGUGUGAUGCAGCCAACAUGAACGGUUGUCUUGUGUUGCACACCCUUUCCAACACUGCGACACGAUCGCCCCAGGGAGAAAAGCGCCCAUGCUUGAUAUCGUAUUGGUUCAUGACCAAUAUGUUUCCAGUACAGGAAAAAUCCCUGAAGAGGCAAAGGCACUCUCACUUUUGGCCCCCGCCGCCCCAGUGACCAGCCUGAUGAGCGGAGGAGGACUUCUGCCCAUUCCUAGCCCCGCUACACUACAGAAUCGAGGUCUUCCUUUAGCUAAUCUGGGGGUCCUGAAGUCUAGUUUGGACACAUCUGUGGCGGCUCUAAAUGCAAUUGCUUCACAGCCUCCACUCACGGGAAAUGUAGAUCCCUCUAAAAUUGAUGAGAUCAGGAGGACGGUGUAUGUCGGCAAUUUAAAUUCACAGAGCACCACAGCAGAUCAGCUCCUCAAGUUCUUCAAGCAAGUGGGAGAUGUCAAGUUUGUUAGAAUGGCAGGAGAUGAAACCCAACCUACACGUUUUGCUUUUGUGGAGUUUGCUGAUCAGGAAUCCGUGUCACGAGCGCUUACAUUUAAUGGAGUUAUGUUUGGUGACAGACCACUAAAGAUUAACCACUCCAAUAAUGCCAUAGUGAAGCCUCCAGAGCUCACACCUCAAGCUGCGGCCAAAGAGCUGGAGGAUGUGAUGAAGAAAGUCAGAGAGGCUCAGUCAACCAUCGCUGCUGCUAUCGAGCCAGAUGAUAAAAUUCAUUCAUCCAGUAGGUCUAGAUGUUCCAGAGGGUCCAGAUCUCACUCUCGCUCCCCAUCACAUUCACGAAGAAAGCGAUCUAGAUCCAGUCACAGAGACCGCCUGUCCCAGACAUCCCGGCAGAGGGUGAAUGACUCCCGUGGGCCCCAUAGGAGACGCUCACAUUCCCGAGAAAGGAAACACAGCCAGAGUCGAUCUCAUUCUAGGGACCAAAGGAAGGACAAGGACACUAAAGCAAGGAAGGACGAUGAUUGGGAAGAAAAGAGGCCGCGGGACAAAAAGGGAAGGACGCCUCCCAAAGGAUACAGUGGCUCUAGAUGUUCCCACAGUAUAAGCAGAGUCCAUAAGAAAAGAAGCAGAUCUCGAUCCAGGUCACCAAGGCGGAGAGCCAGGUCACCGUCACCAUCUAAAAGAGGCAGGAAAGAUAAAAAGAGGGAUAAAGGAUGGGACAGUAGCAGGGAAAGGACAGAGACCUCAACAUCCAGGAGGAAAAGCAGGGAUUAUGAACAUAAAGCUAAGACAUCACUGAUGGAGAGGUGCUACGAGCAGGCGGACUGCGAGUAUGACAGUGACAUGGAUGGCUCGGGCUCUGUGGGUAGUGACAACAGAUCUCCUCAAGCUUAUCUCAACGGAAGCUAUAGGAGCACUUACGCCGAGGAGGAUGAUCUCUCUGCAGCUGAGUGAUUCACAUGUACCCAGAAUGCCAAGAACACUGAUGUUGUGACUGGAGAGCAUAGCUUCAUGUAUCACACUGUAACAGCCGUCACUCCUUUUGAAGUGCUUUCUCUCGCGUCCAUUGCUAUGUGACUGUAGACUUUUGAAAACAUUUUCUACUGCUGUGAAUAUUCUGCCUGUCAUAUGAUAUUCAUAUGGAUGAAAAUAUAAAGUUUUGGAUAGUUCUUUAUUGAGAUGCGGUUUAUUGAAUGAAGGUACUUGUACUGAGGUCA